AUGGACUGGAGAGAUACGUUGCGUGACAUCGUGUACGGAUCAGUGGCUGGAGCGGCUGGCAAACUCAUCGAAUAUCCACUGGAUACGGUGAAAGUCCGCAUGCAAACGCAACCGGCGCAUAUAUUCCCCACCAGUUGGUCGUGCAUCAAGUACACCUAUGCUAAGGAGGGUCUUUGGAAAGGGUUUUAUCAGGGUCUGGGAUCUCCUGUGGCCGGUGCAGCCCUGGAAAACGCGGUAUUGUUUGUCGCUUUCAAUAGAGCACAACACUUUUUAGAAAACCACUACCGUGAGUCACUGUCUCCGCUUUCUAAAACAGUUUUAUCAGGGGCAUUUGCAGGGGCGUGUGUCAGUUACGUUCUGACUCCAGUUGAGCUAGUCAAGUGUACUUUACAAGUUUCUAAUCUGUCAGGAUCUAAAACAAAGCAUUCCAAGAUUGGGCCUACCAUAAAGCAUAUCGUUCAGUCUCGAGGCCUGCUAGCUCUGUGGCAGGGCCAAUCUAGCACCUUUAUCCGUGAAUGUGCUGGAGGCGCUGUUUGGUUCACCACUUACGAGACGGUCAAAAAAUAUCUCGCACAUCGUAGAGGAGGCCCGUCGAAUGAGGACAAUCACACCUGGGAGCUACUGACGGCUGGUGCUUCCGCUGGUGUUGCUUUCAACGCCAGUAUAUUCCCAGCAGAUACUAUAAAGUCCACCGCGCAGACAGAACAUUUGGGAAUUGUAGAGGCCACAAAACGCAUUCUGGCCAGGAACGGCCCUGCUGGCCUAUAUCGUGGAUUAGGUAUCACCCUUUUGAGAGCCGCACCCGCCAACGCGGUAGUGUUUUACACGUACGAGACGUUGUCUAGUUUAUAG